AUGGCAUCAGUAUUGCGGCAUUCGGGCGUGGCUCGGCUUAUUGAUCGACAAGUGACACAGCUACAUGGAGCAGAUGCAUCUCGAUUUAUUCAAGCGGUGCUUACAAAUGAUGCUAAGCAUUUGACGCACCGCGGUUCUGCAAUUUAUGGUGGAUUUUUGAGCUCAAAAGGUCGCAUUGUAGGCGAUUGUCACGUGCUGCAGCUCGCAGACGACACGUUCUUACUGGAUUACGAUGAUAAAUUAAAAGAAGCACUAUUUAAACACUGGAAGCGCUAUAAGUUGCGCAUGAAUGUGGAGAUUAAAGAUGUGACGGACGCUUUUGACGUUUAUGCUACGAUAUCCGCGCUCGUGGAUGACAUGGAUGCGGCAUUAGUACCUAAGAUUCGCAUGCUGGAUCAGCUUCAGACACUAAAUUCUGAAAACAAUGCGAUGAUUUUUGCUGAUCCCCGCGGAAAGUCUUUUGGCACGCGAGCAAUCGUUCCUGCCGGCUCAUCCUUAAAUUUACCUGCAGGACACGAAAUGAUGGAUGCGUCAGCAUUCUCAGACCAUCAAAUCGCCCUUGGUGUUGCAGAAGGCAAAGAGAUGGUAGAAGAAAUUCCUCUCGAGUGCAAUCUUGAUUUGAUGCAGGGUGUAUCCUUCCAAAAAGGCUGCUAUGUUGGUCAGGAGCUUACCGCUCGCACGCAGUUCAAGGGCAACGUUCGCAAGCGCUUGGUACCGGUUGCUUUAAUUCCUUCGGAUCAGCACGACGUAGUUAAAGCUUUGUCACAGCUUAACUUCAAGUCAUUUGAUGCGCCGUCCAAUGCUUUAUUGCGUGCAUACUUGGCUGACUCAAAAGGUUGGCACCCUGCAAACUCACCGAAAGUUGGAUGCAAAAUUAUCGCGCCUGGCGAAACGAAAGCAGUCGGAACAUUAGUGAAAGUAGGGAAAGACGUGAGAUGCGCCGUUUCGAUGAUGCGAUUAGCAAAGCUUCAUCCUCCGGUAUCAGAAGUGAGUGGGAUUGUACCCAGUAUAGACUUUCAAACGGAAGACGCGGCGGGUUAUGAUUAUUCUGCAGUACAAUUUUUUGCAAGUAAUGAAAUUGAUGCAUGA